AUGUCAAGUAUGGAGAAGAAAUGCUAUGCUGUGGACCCGGACGGAGAUGUUGUGCUGCUGGUGCGGCAGCAGGAAACGCCGUUUGCUGCGUGGGAGGGGGGCGCGUCAAAUCCGUCUAAGGUAGAGGGGUCCAAUUCCCCUUACCCUCCUCUGCAGCGAAAACCUUCAAUUUUGAAAGGAGACAAGAAGGGAACGGAGCACAAAAAAGGUAGAAAAUCUGCUGAUUUCAUCAAGGAACCCGUGUCCGCCGAAGGUCCCAUGGCUGUCCACGAUCCUGAGCCGAUUGAACCGAAUUCUCAUGCUGAUCAAAACCAGGCUAGCCAGCCAUCUACUCCUGCGAAAUCCACGCCAUGGAAGUCGGCCAAUAACUCUACUGAUUCCUCUCAAUCAGAAAAUCUUGCGACACAAGAUGAGUACUCAUGGUUUAAAGUCUCUCCGCGCCACCUGAUGCUGGCUUCGCCGCACUUCAAGGAAACGUUGACUGAAGGAGGGAGAAAAGCGCACAUUCUGGAUUCUGAUGGAUGCAUAACCAUCCGAGAAGACGGCAGAGACCCAGACGCUAUGUUGCUUCUGAUGAACGUUAUCCACGGACGCACACGCAUGGUCCCGCAAGAGAUUACCCUUGAGAUGCUCGCUAAAGUUGCUGUUCUCGUUGACGUGUAUCAAUGUUCCGAGGUUGUUGCGGUAUUUUCAGACAUUUGGAUUCAGCGAUUAACCGUCCCUUUUCCAAACACCUAUUCUAGGGAUCUCAUUCUAUGGAUUUGGGUCGCUUGGGUGUUCCGAAAGCCAGAGGAGUUUCAGCUAGCUACACAAAUUGCCCUGUGCCAAACUCCAGGACCACUUCCGACCCUUGGGUUGCCAAUUCCACAGAAAGUAAUUGGUAAGGAGUCUGAGGUUUUACGUAUUCUUUGGGUGCUAAUCGGCCGUUUAGAUACGAUCGAUGAACAGAGGAAGGAUUCCAUUGACCAGAUAGUGGAACACCUCCAUGGACUUCGACAAGAUUUCCUUGAGCAACAGGAGUCAUGCUCCUUUGAAUGUAGUUCGAUGUUGUUCGGUGCGCUUACUAUAGAGAUGCACAGGCGGAAUCUUCUUCCACGGACUGCAUCGCCUUUUCCCGGUGCUAGUUUCGCGAAGGUUGUCCAGAGUGUUCGCCUGAUCCGAUCUCCCACGUGGUGCCCUGUUGCCGGAUGGGUCUCGUUUAAUUCCACUUGCAGAGCGCAUGGCUGCAUUCUGAGCAAAUUUAUCGAUCCGGUGAUUGAAGGCCUGGAACACGAUCUGGCGGGAUUAGAGUUGAAUGAUAUCGAAUGA